CCACGGGCCGCCUGCACCUCCGCACGCCGUCCGCUCAGCAGCCGCUUCGGCGCACCCAGCUCAGGCAGCGGGAUGCUGAAGCCCGGCGAUCCCGGCGGAUCCGCGUUCCUGAAGGUGGAUCCCGCCUAUCUGCAGCACUGGCAGCAGCUCUUUCCGCAGAGCAGCCAGCUCAAAAGCAGCGGGGCCCUCGCCCAGCUCCAGCCUCCUGAGAGAGCCGAGCCUCCGUCUGACAGCCUCCGCCAGCGCCCGGCAUCUCUCUCCUCCGCUUCCUCCUCCUCUUCCUCGUCCACUCCAUCUUCCUCCUCCACGUCCUCCUGCGUCGCCGUGGCGGCUGCUUCCCUGGCCGGCCUGACCUCUUUGCCUGUGGCCCAGCUCCCGGUCUUCGGACCCCUGCAGAGCUCCGAGCCCUCGGCCGGGGGAGCGUCCGCUCCCCUGCAGGGCAAGGACUUGUGCGGGACCGGCAGUGGCGGCAACAAAUGCGGCGAACGGUCCGUCGUCCGAUUCCGCUGCACGGCCGAGGAGCUGGACUACUACCUGUACGGGCAGCAGCGCAUGGAGAUUAUCCCCUUGAACCAGCACACCAGCGAUCCAAACAACCGAUGCGACAUGUGUGCAGAUAACCGCAACGGCGAGUGCCCCAUGCAUGGGCCCCUCCACUCCCUGCGCCGUCUGGUGGGUACCAGCAGUGCUGCUGCUGCGGCCCCUCCACCAGAGAUCCCAGAGUGGCUGCGGGACCUGCCCCGGGAAGUGUGUCUGUGUACUAGCACAGUGCCGGGCCUGGCCUAUGGCAUUUGUGCAGCACAACGUAUCCAGCAGGGCACCUGGAUCGGACCCUUCCAGGGUGUGUUGCUCUUGCCAGAGAAGGUUCAAGCAGGAGCCAUCAGGAACACUCAGCAUCUCUGGGAAAUAUAUGACCAGGAUGGCACAUUGCAGCACUUUAUUGAUGGUGGAGAACCUAGUAAGUCAAGCUGGAUGAGGUAUAUCCGAUGUGCAAGGCACUGUGGGGAGCAGAACUUGACAGUGGUUCAGUACAGGUCAAAUAUAUUCUACCGAGCUUGUAUAGAUAUCCCCAGAGGUACUGAGCUGCUGGUGUGGUACAAUGACAGCUACACAUCUUUCUUUGGAAUCCCUCUCCAGUGCAUUGCACAAGAUGAAAAUUUGAAUGUCCCUUCGACUGUAAUGGAGGCCAUGUCCAGACAAGACACCCCACAGCCAUUUAAUAAAAGUAGCAAACUAUCCCCUGCCACUCCACAGCGAUCCAUAGUAUUUCCACAGACUCCGUGUAGCAGAAAUUUUUCUCUCCUGGAUAAGUCUGGGUCCAUCGAGUCAGGAUUUAACCAGAUCAGUGUCAAAAAUCAACGAGUUCUUGCAAGCCCAACUUCAACAAGCCAACUAAAUUCUGAAUUCAGUGACUGGCAUCUUUGGAAAUGUGGGCAAUGUUUUAAGACUUUCACCCAGCGGAUCCUCUUACAGAUGCAUGUGUGUACGCAGAACCCUGACAGGCCCUACCAGUGUGGUCACUGCUCCCAGUCUUUCUCCCAACCUUCAGAGCUGAGGAACCAUGUAGUUACGCAUUCCAGUGACAGGCCUUUCAAGUGUGGCUACUGUGGUCGUGCCUUUGCUGGUGCCACAACACUCAACAAUCACAUCCGGACACAUACUGGGGAAAAGCCCUUCAAGUGCGAGAGGUGUGAGAGAAGCUUCACACAAGCCACCCAGCUGAGUCGACACCAGAGGAUGCCCAAUGAGUGCAAGCCAAUAACAGAGAGCACAGAAUCAAUUGAAGUGGAUUAACUGAUUGACUGGUUGGAAUUAAACUGCAAGGAAAGUCAUGAUUAAAUGUCACGGACACUUAAGCAAAACCAAAGAUUUCCUCUGAGCAACUUUCAAUCAGUCCCAGAAAACCAAAAGCAGUAAUAAAAUAAGUAAGAUGUUAAGAGAUAUUGAUCCUGGCAUGGAAGUGAGACCAGGAAAGAGAUUAUUUAUUUAUGACUAGGGAUGAGUCUUAUUUCAAUUGACAAGUUACUUGGGACUAUUAACAUUUCAAGUCCCACCAUGUAUUGCUUUAAUUCUAAAAGUCUUUAUAGUUGUUAUUUAAUGCCAAAGUGAGGAAUCUCAAGGGUUCUUCUGCCCAUAGUUAUGACUGAGAAUGCACAUGGACUUGUUUAUUGUUGCACCUUUUUUUGUAGCAUGACUCAAAGGACCCAGAUGUAAUCUGUGUGUUUGACUGGGCUGGGCUAAGUUGAUCUUGACAUGGCUAUAAUAGAAAUUGCUAUGUGGAAUGGGAAGUGAUCAAGAGCUGUAUCUGGGUCAGUGGCAGCCUCCUCAGACCAAAGGGCAUUUCAUUUGCAUAGUCUCAUGCCUCACACUGUGUGCACUUUUUCAUGCAAAUAGUUUCAAAAACAGCAUUGCAUUGGCAUAGAUAGAUAUCCUGGGGGAAAAAAAAGAAAAAAAGGAAAAAAAAAGGAAUGUCAUAUAUAUGCAAAUAUACUUUAUGUAAAGAAGCCAGUAGGAAAACUAUGUUAAACUAAUAGAGCUCUUGAAUUCAGUCUAUUAACUAUGACAGACAGAGGCAGUAGAAAGUAUUUGAAAUGUUUAAGGUUCCAGUCUAUGCAUACAUCAUAUUAUGAGGAGCACAAAACCAGGAUGACACUUUUUGCUUGGUGAUUAAUUUAAUGGCUUGCUGAUUUCUAGGAAAACUAAUCAGAAAUCCAACCUAUAGCCAAUUGAUAUUUUUACUCUGUUGGUUUGGAUCAAACUGAAAUGCUCCUGUAUUAGACGAAACUUUCAGUGUACUUGGACUGAGAUUCAAAAAAAAAAAGCUAAAUCUGAACUCAGAUACUUUGUACAUAGCUCCAAGGCUUCAUAGUGUUCACUUCCUGGAAAUUUGCCUGGUGCAGUAAUGAAUGAAAGGAAGCCAAAAUACUCCCAACAUCAAUAUAAAAAGCUCAGAUGUCAUUACAUUGGUUCAAUUUAACAAUUUCCAUAUUGGCUUUUUUCAAGCUUUUAUCCUUGAUGUAGUUCAGAUUUCAUGAUUUUGUCUAAUCAAAGAAUGGUUUCCACUUUUAGAGACCAACAGUGUUUGUUUAUAUAUUGAUUGUCUCAUUGCUAGAGCUGUAGUUUGAUAAAAAUGUAAAAAAAAGUUAAAAAAAAGUAAAAAAAUCACACACAAAAAACACAAACCACCACCAAGAAGCAAAAGUUCUGAGGUCAUGCUAUAUCAUAAAGUAAAACUGCAAAAUAAAUUGUGGAGAUUAUGGGGAUUAAAAUAGGUUAAUUCAGUUUUGCACCAAAACUGAAGUACUGGGUAGCUCAUAAGGGCUCAGUUGACUAUAUUACAUAUUUUAAAAACAUUUAUGGGGAUGAUUUUAAAUAUGUAGAGAAGUAUCCAAUUCUGUAAAGGGCUAGACAGAAUCAGCUACAAAGUUAGUAACAGGUUCAGAUAAUUUAUAAAUUCUGCAGACAGCUCAAGUAGAAAAAGCAUACAGUAAAAUUUGAAUACAUUUAAAACUAAUUUAAAAGCUAAGACAUCCUUACUUAAGGAUAUGAAUUUAUUAUAUUCUAGAAACUACACUACAGAAUCUGGAGUUUCCAAAGCUGUACAGGGAAUAACUUCAGGAUUUUCUGUAUUUGAGUUUGGUCAUUUAAAAUGUAAAACAUUGUGGAAAAAAAUUGUCCUAGCAAGUAUCUCAUAAAGAGGCUUCAGCCCUGUGAAUUUUUCAGCUCAGUUUCUCAGUGCAGAAAUAUUCGGAGUAAGCUAUUCUGUCACCACCUUCCUGAUUUUAUCCUCCAAAUUAAGAGAGAUUUUUAGCUACUAUAUACUGUUUGUUUGUUUGUUUUUAGGUUCAAAGAUGCACAGGAAGUUGAGUAGGAAGAAUUGUAACUUAAAGGUGACUACUUGAACAUUAUUUCAUUUGUAGCAAACAAACAAAAAACCAAAAUCUGAUCUUAAACCUAUCAGAUCCUUGCACCUUGUAGUUCACAGUUUUCCUUAUUUUUAAGAGACUUAAUGUAAGGUAACAUCUUACAUCUUGCUUUUAGUUAACAUUUGAACAGCAGUUGUAGAUCAUUUCUGCAAGCAAAUAGUCUCACCAAAAAAAAAGGGAAAAAAAAGGCAGAAAUUUAUAGAGUGAGUGGGAAAAGAGGUAUGUCAUACUCUGAAAAGUAAACAUGAGGUAUCUGUUAGAUCACUGGAUUGUGCUGUUGCAUUAGCAAACUGCUCUCCUGUUCAGGGACAUGGCUAGUAGUAGUGCAGAGCAUUCAGUCUCUUGAAUACUAUAAAGCAAAUGGCAUGUAAGUAUGUGCUUACAUGUAUCACAAAUUCCAUGCUGAAUAUAGAUAGGUUCAUUCAUAUGUUUUUAAUUAAACAUGUGUCUAAAUAUUCCUGUGAAGGAGUGUGAAGUAAAGAUCAAUCAAGAUUUUACUGGAUUUUUUAUAAAAAAUGCACAGCAGUAGAAUUUCUGCAGAAUUUCCUUUUUUUUUUUCUUCCAAACACUUCUUUCUUGUGUAAAUCACUCUGUUGUGCCAGAUGCCUAAGCAUAUCAUUUAUUGCAUUUAUUGUAUUAUUUUUACAUGGCAUUUUCACAACAGAUUUGGCUGCAUACAAAAGCAAUUCGGUGAAAACCCAUGAUUUCAUAGUGGGUUUUCCUGAAGUAAAACAUUGGGCAUUAUAUUACAAUAUAGCAAAUGUAAAACUAACAUGGAUCGGCUAAAACAAGUACUAGGUUUGGACUAAACAGAAUCUAGAUCCUGUCUGCACUUCCCAAAUACUGACUGAAUUUCUGUUCAUCUAUCAACAGAACAACCAUACAUUUAGGUCUAAUAUGAAUACAGUAUGUGUUUGCACACAGUAAACUGAAACAGUAAAUGUAAUACAAUUAUCUUUAAAUGUAGUGAUUAUAUGCCUGCCAUUUCAGAAUUUCUGAAACAUCUUGUUUUGUAGUCUGGUAAAAAAUACAAG